CUAAAGUGCGCGCCAAUCGCCAACUUCGCCGUCAGAGACAGUAGUCAAGCCGACAAGAGUGCCGGAAAGAUGAGCUAUUCGCGGAGCGUGACCCUGCUGCUGCUCCUGGCGGUCCUGGCACGUGCCCAAGGUGCCGCCCUACUCGAUGCUCCGCCAUGCCCCGAUCCUUACGGGAUCCACGCUUACGCUCACCCCGAGGACUGCGGGGCCUUCUUCUUGUGCACGAAUGGCACGCUGACCUUCGAAUACUGUGAGAACGGACUUUUAUUUGACGGACACGGUGCCGUCCAUAAUCAUUGCAAUUAUAAUUGGGCCGUUGAUUGCGGCCAUCGCAAGGCCGACUACACGCCGAUCAGCAGCCCGGGUUGCGAGUACCAAUUCGGUAUGUACCCAGAGAGCGACAGUUGCAGCACCAGUUACAUCAAGUGCGUCCACGGUGACCCGCUUCAGGCUCACUGCGACCCUGGCCUGGUCUACAACGCCAAGACCCACACGUGCGUCUGGCCGGACGAGCUCAUCCCCUUCUGCAACCCCGAGACUAUAGUGGGAUUCAAGUGCCCCCACAAGCUGCCCCCCCACAGCCCCGCCGCCAAGUUCUGGCCUUACCCGAGAUUCCCCGUGCCGAGUGAUUGCGGUAGGUUGAUCACCUGUGUGGACGGACAUCCGCGACUUCUUACCUGCGGAGAAGGAAAACUAUUCGAUUCGGUGAGCCUGACUUGCCUGGAUCCGGAAGAAGUUCCUCACUGCUCAAAUGGCGUUUAAACGUGGAGACGUUCCUGACAAUCACCCGGUAUUUUAAAUCAGCAAUACAAAUCAACGAACAUCAAACGACAAAAAAUUAUACGUCCGAUUAUGAAUUAAAUCUUGGUAAAGAGGUUUAUAAUCAUAGAAAAUAGUAGAAAAAUGAAUUAUCGCAGGACAAAGAUUGGUUCUAGAAAUUGAUUAAGAAAGCUAAGAAAGAAAUCAAUUAUAAAAAUUAAGAGAAUUACGAACAUAAAUUACAAGAUAUUAUUUAAUAUCUUUUAUACACAGAGAACAAUUGGAAAAAAUUAAUUAGUAAAAUCAGAAUAAUAGAUGUAUAUUCCUGUUGGAUUUCGGUUCGGCGUUGCCAAUAGACGAAGAUGUAUCAAACGUAAAUUAUUAUUGAUAACAGACGUUUAGAGAGGACCAAUUGCAUGUGCAGUGCGUGAAGAGCAAGUACGAUAUGUAGUACAUAUAGUGUAUUUAUGCAAUACGGUAUGUAAUACAUAUAAUGUAUUUAUGAUAAAUAUAUAGUAACAAUGUACAGCCAGGCAACAUUGAAUAAAAUCUGGACAUGCGUAUAAAAAAU